GCGAAGCAGAGCCCCGAGCAUGGCGACGCCCUGGGAAGGCGAUUUCCGACUGGUGCGGCGAGGAAAGCUGCCCCGGAGGGCCCCCAGGCCAGCGGGGGACCAUUUACCCCCUGUGCUGAGCCUCCUGGAGAAGAAGCAGGAGGUGGCGGACGCAGACCGGGGCCUGCAGGAACAGAAGAAGGCAUUCCAGGCCACCAUGGCUGCCUUGAGGCAGCGUUGGCAGGAGCUGGCGCGGAAGGAGCAGGCGCUGAAGGGGUCCUUCGUCUGCUUUGACAAAUUCUUGCAGGACGCCGAGGCCCGGCGCGGCCGCACCCUGCGGAGGGCGGCGGAGGAGCGGCGCCGCGCCCAGCGCCAGGAGGCCGAGGCGCAGCGGCUGCGGGCGCAGCUGGCCGGGCUGCAGGAGGAGCGCGCGCGGCUGCGGCGCCGGCUGCAGCGCCUGGAGCCUUGCGCGCGCCUGCUGGGCCGGGUGCUGGAGCAGCUGCCCGAGUUCCAGGAGGUCUCCGAGCUGGUGGCGCGCUACGGCUGCCUGGCCGACACGCUGGCAGAGUUGCAGCUCACGGAGCGCCAGCAGGUCGCCCGGCUGGAGGAGGCGCGCGCGCGGCUGAAGCGGCUCCAGGAAACGGAGCAGGACGAGCUGCUGCGGCAGGGCCAGCGGCGGGCCGAGCUGCUGGAGCGCCUGGAGGCGGCCCGGGAGGAGACGCUGCGCUGGGAAUCCCAGUGGGUCCAGAUCCAGAACACGGCGUCUGAGAAGACGCUGCUUCUGGGUCGCACCCGGAUGUCAGCGCUCAACAUGUUCCAGCUGGUGUGCCAGCACCGGAAGCAGCCUCCGGCCCUGGACAUCUGUGACACGGAGGGGCAGCUGGAGCAGGUGAGGCUGUUCAUCUCAGACCUCAGCGCCACGCUGCGCAGCCUCCACCAGGCUGAGCCUGCGACCCCCACUGCCCCGCACUAACUACGGUGAGUGGGGACAGGGGCCCCGGAGAGGGUGCGAGGCUGGGAGGCUGCCGGGGCAUGUGUGAGGGCCACCAAGGCAGUGGGUGCCACCUCUGCCCCCCGCCCCAGCAGACAAUCUGCACUUCCUUGAGUGUUCCGGUUGGCCCUCUGGGCAGGGGGGUGAAAGGUCCAGGCGCAGUUCAGACGCAGCUUGCUCCGGGCCGACCUGCACUCGGGAAACGUGGCAGACCCCGAUCUCACACCCACCCAGGCCCCAGCCCCCCUGGCAGCAGGGCUGGCGUCCCCGGUGACUGCAGGUGCUUGGAACCAAGCCCAGCACCAUGACUUCGGGAGGGCAAGAAGGUGAAGGAAACAGCAGCAGUGAGGGGCCACGGGGCAGAACCUCCCGUGGCACCUGCUGGCCACGGCCCCACGGAGCACUGUGCCAAGUGAUGGAGCAGAACCAUGGAGGCGGGGCAUGGGGCCAGGCUGCGGGUCUGGGCUCAGGCGUGUGCCAGAGUGUGAGCCCCCCCGCCAAGAGCCCCCCUGAGCCUGAAACUGGUGCCCUGAACCCACAUCCGGUCUCCCUCCCUGGCCACUCCGAGCCACGAGCCUGUCCCCAAGCAGGGCUCUGAGCGCUGGCCUCAGUGACCAAGUGGGCCUCUGGGCCUCACUUUUCCCCUCUGUAGGAGGGAGUGCA